GCGCGAGCCGCUUCGCCGGCGCAAUCUUAGUUUGCUGUCUUUUGCAACGAGUUGCAGCUGAGCGUGGCAAGCUUUUUUCCGCUCCGCACUUUCUUCUCCUGCGAAGAAAAGUGCUUCCCCACGCGGAGAGACGCUCGCUGGGCGCUUCCCGACGGCAAGCCAUUUGGAACCACCACCCCAGGGGCUUUCCCGGGUCUGGCAGCCUCUUCCCCGCAACCCCAUGCUGAGCCGGUCCCUCCCGCAGUAAGUUAGCGCCCCCCCCCACCGGCCGGCAUGCUGCUGCCUGUCUUAGCGGGGCUGGCUUUCUCCGCGUGGGGGGCAGCGGGCGCCCAGGAGAGCCCCCCGGGGAGCCGCUUCGUGUGUACCUCGCUGCCUCUGGACGCCGCCAACCCGGGCUGCCCGCUGCCCCCCAUCCCCAUGCAAGGGGGCGGGCUGCCCCCCGAGGAGGAGCUGAAGGCCACCGUGCUGCAGCUGCGGGAGACGAUCCUGCAGCAGAAGGAGACCAUCGGGAACCAGAGGGAGGCCAUCCGCGAGCUGACCGCCAAGCUCGGCCGCUGCGAGACCCCCGACGGCAAAGCGGGCACGUGGAGGAAGGAGUUCGGCAAAGGCAAGGACACCAUGGGCGACUUGCCCCGCGACCCCGCCAAGAUCAUCGACCAGCUCAGCCGCACCAUGCAGACGCUCAAGGAUCGCCUGGAGAAUCUGGAGCAUCAGCUCCGAGCGAACGUGUCCUAUACAGCCCUGCCUCACGAUCUCCGAGAGAUGCUUCAGAGGAGGCUGGGAGAUUUAGAGCGCCAGCUUUUAAGCAAAGUGGCAGACCUGGAGAACGAGAAAUCCCUGCUUCAUAAUGAGACUUCCACCCAUCGGCAAAGGACAGAGGCAGCAUUGAACGCACUUCUUGAAAGGGUUUCUGAACUAGAAAGAGGUACCAGCGCCUUCAAAUCACCGGAUGAAUUUAAAGUCUCCCUCCCUCUCCGCACCAACUACUUGUAUGGGAAGAUCAAGAAGACGUUGCCUGAGCUGUAUGCCUUCACUGUGUGCUUGUGGCUGAAGUCGAGUGCCUCUCCGGGAAUAGGGACACCCUUCUCCUACGCUGUCCCUGGGCAAGCUAACGAAGUGGUGCUGAUCGAGUGGGGGAACAACCCCAUUGAGCUGCUCAUUAAUGACAAGGUCGCCCAGCUCCCGCUCUUCAUUAGCGAUGGAAAAUGGCACCACAUCUGUGUGACGUGGACCACGAGGGACGGAAUGUGGGAAGCUUUUCAGGAUGGAGAGAAGCUUGGGACGGGGGAUAAUUUAGCUCCUUGGCACCCCAUUAAGCCAGGAGGGGUUCUGAUCCUUGGUCAGGAGCAGGACACUGUUGGAGGAAGGUUUGAUGCAACUCAAGCUUUCGUUGGGGAGAUGAGCCAGUUCAAUAUAUGGGACAGAGUCUUGAAGCCUGAAGACAUCGUGAAUAUUGCUAACUGCUCCACCAACAUGCCGGGCAACAUCAUCCCCUGGGUUGACAACAACGUGGAUGUGUUUGGGGGUGCAGCGAAAUGGCCCGUAGAGACGUGCGAAGAGCGUUUGCUCGAUUUAUAGCCAUGACCAUAACCCAUUGAAGUGCCCCGUUUUUCUUAAGACAAUCUCUCGUGAGGUCUGACGCUCUGAUGCCCCUAUCCGCUUCCUUUCAUUAGCGCUAAUUUCAAUUACCCCUUAGUAAACUCACUGCCAGGGUACCAAUGAGAGGCACAGUUCUCCACAAGUGCUUGCAUCAGCCUCCCUUAAUUAAACGGGAGGUGGCGUACAAGACAAGGGUUCCCAAACUGGUCUGUAGGCCACUAGUGGUCCAUGAGCUUCAUUCAGGUGGUCCAUGACAUGUCUGCAAUAAUACCAUUAACAAUCACACAGCAUCUAGCUCUGUGCACUGCAAUUGCUAGAGCAGGCAGAAAAAUCCUUAAGUGGUUCACCAGGACCCUCAGCAAUUUUCAGAUGGUCCAUGGGGGGAGGGGGAAGUUUGGGAAGCACCUGUACACUGUUAUGCCCUCAACCUGUCCAUCUUUGAUUCUGCUCAGCGGAGCUCCCGCAGAAGAGGUUCGUGGCCAAUUCUGUCUGUUACCUGCAUGGGUUCUUGCCUCGAAUUUCCAAAACCAUCAAGCUCUCAGACUUGAGCAGUAGAUAGUGCCAUGGAUCCGCGUCCAAAGCUUACGUCCAUCCCUCUGGCAGAAACCCCAUGUCCCAUGCAAAUACUUUGUCCCUGCUUAAUGACAGAAUGCGUCCCCUCCUAACAGCACAUGGUGUCAAAUAAAGCACAAACGUCGUAGGGGUUAAGUGUAAGGACUUACAUGUAAUUUGGUCGUCACAAUAGAUUCAUGCUGUUUCCCACUGAACCUGUAAUGCCCAGCCCUGUGUUUACAGCCAAAUGGAGGAAUUGGGAGCCCUUGUGGGGCUGAAGUGAAGAAUGGGAAAGGGGAGGUUCCUUAAAGCAGGGGUGAAUUACUUCCUGUGGCCCUCUGGGUUUCUCUAAAUGGCCCUAUGGAAAUAGAACAAGGCCCUGUCUUUCCUUUUUCAUGCCCACUUCAGGCUGUAGGCAGAGUUCCAAAUUUCUGGAGGAUCCCGUCAUGUGAGAAUGAAACUGUGUCAUGGAGAAAAAGGCUAUCGAUGGCUACUAGCCGCAAUGGUUGUAUUGUCCACCACUGUCAUAGAUGCAGGAUGACUCCGAAUGUCGGUUGUUGGGGGGACCCCAAAUGGGGGGAGAGAGGUUGCACUCAGGUCCCAUUUUGAGGCUUCUUGUAAUCUGGUUUGCCACUGUGGGAAGAGGAUGCUGGACUAGAUGGGCCAGUGGCCUGAUCUGGCAGGCUCUGCUUACGCUAACAGAAAUCCAGCUUAUCAGGGUUAUGGGUUUUUGUUGAUCUUCCUUUCGCUUUAGAUUUCCACAUGCAAAUUGUUGUUGGUUUUUUUAAACACUAGCAGUAUUCAAACAUGUGGCAUAUGCAGCCUGCAGUCUGAAAUGGUCUGUAGCACAAAGGGCAAUAUGAUAUUUUGUUUCUGCACUUCUGAAUCAUAUCAAGGAAGGGGUAAAAUUAAAUGUGUCUAUUGCCCUGGUUCAAUGGGACUGGGACUUUGAUGCAUAAGCUGCCCUGUCGACAGGUUUCCCUGUUCUUUUCCAAUGGAAGAAGCAGACCUGUGAGCUCAUCCUACCUUUACGUCAGGUGUCCUCCUUUGCGACUAGGGAUGGGGGAAGAGAUUUGAUUCCAUUUGCACUUAAAGGGGAGCCAAGCUAAUUCACACUUUCAGAAACAAUCUACAAAUUGAAACACAGCCGUCCUUUGAAAUCCACUCUUCUU